GCGAUUGGCUGUCGUCCUCAGGCGGGCUACCUCGUCUCAAUUUUCUGCUUGGAGAGGACAGGCCCGCCUCUCGUGAACCGCGCGAUUUGCGCGCAAGAUAACCGCCUCACGUUCUAGAGGGGAGGGCAGCGGUGCUCGUGCUCCGCCGAUCUUCUAUGAGGCGCCUCGCGCGCCUGUAGCUCCGCCGUCUCGUUCCGAAACGCCUCGAAACCUCCCCCAUGAGCAUGAGCGCGUUCAACGUCUCCUCCAAUCCCGCCCGCCGGCUUGCGCCGGUCUCCACGCAAGGCUGGGCGGGCGGCGGACGGGGUGCGGGGGGAGGCGGAGGGGGAGGCGGAGGGGGAGGCGGAGGGGGAGGCGGAGGGGGAAGUCCGCGGAAUGCGGCGAAGCGGGUGGUGCUGCGUCGGCGCGCUGUGUUAGCUUUGGUUCUGGUGCUGGUGGUGGGGGUCGCCGUGGUGCUGCCGUUGUACACGUGGAGCUCUAACCGCAACUCGCGCGGCGGAGCCGCAAGCUUUACGCCGCAGUCGCUGCUAGCGCGAGCGCUGGGCCUGUCCGCGGCGGAAUGCGCGCACAGCAGCAGCGGCGCGGAUGCGCCGUUGGGGGGAAAAUCGAUGGCGGAGAUUGAAGGCGAGCGGAGCGAGGAAUGGGGCGGAGGAGGUGGGGGGGCAGCGGCAGCGGCAGCGGCAGCAGGGGAGCAAGAGGAAUGGGGGGACCAAGUGGAGGCUGAUCUGGAUGGAUUUGCUGAGCGCAUGCGGUCCCCAUUCGUGUUCCAGCCAUCCGGAUACCCCCCCUGGAUCUUCCCCUCCUCUGUUGCUGCUGCUGCUGCAAUUCCCGGCCAACAAGCCGAGGGACUGGCGUCAGACGCAGCAGCAGCAGCGGAAAAGGAAGCAGCAGCGGUGGCUGCGUGGCGAGAGGGUUUGAACCGGCAGGAUCUAGAGUGCGAGAAUUUCUGGGGAGAUGGAUUUACAGAGGUGCACACGCUGCUAGGGACCCCGCCCGAGGGCACCGUUCAGCAUGCACCGUGGGAUGGGGACGUGGGGGGGGAGGCAGGUGAGGGAGGAGAGGGAGGAGAGGCGUGGGUGGCUGGGCGAAACGAGGGAAAAGGAGGGGGGGAUGGGUGGUUGCGGUGCACGCGCAACCCGACCCUCGCGUCGUCUGUGUGCGAGGCUGGAAUGAUCGGCGUGUUCCCAGAGAGGAUCACUAUGGCGCAGGGCGGGGAGGAGAUUAAAGACGUCAUGGGGCGGGGAGAGGAUGACGAGUAUCCCACCUGCGCGGAAGGGGCGUUCCAGAUUCUGCUGAAGGGGUUGGUGGGAGAGGGGAGUGCAGCAGCGGAGGGUGGUGGGUCGGUGGCGGUGGGGGUGGCUCCGGGGAGGAUCGAUGAGGUGGUGAGCGACUAUGGCAACACACGGGGGCUGCUGAGGAGCGUGCGCACUGCGGCGAGGAUGCAGUGUGGCAUGGUGGAGCGCCGGCCCACACUCCUGGUGACGCGGUACGAGUACGUGAACAUGUACCACACCAGCACGGACUGGAUCAGCGCCUUCCAGGCCAUGAGGCUUCUCAACGUCUCCGUGCGCCCCCUCGUGCUGUUCCUGGACGGCCACGCCAAGGGCAACCUGGAUUCUGCCUGGGAGACAAUGUUCGGCCCCUACCGCUUCAUCAAGUGGUACCAGCAGCGGCUGCCCCCCGGCUCUGCAUUGUGCUUCCAGCACGCGGUGUUCGUGCCGGUGGGGUACGCUGCCCCCAUCUUCAGCUCCUACAUCAAGGAAUCGCUGCCCGCCAGGAGGUGUGUGGCUGACAGCACAGUGCAGGGCGGCAGUGCGUGGGGCAUCUCUCCCUUCGGCUCCACCUCGCGGGUCACCGAGUUUGCAGAGUUUGUGAUCAAGUCGCACGGCAUCGGCCUGCACACGGGCUCCUGGGCCUUCCCCCUGCACCCCAUCCCGCCACCGCGGUUGAACCCUGCGCACCGCGAAAAUCGCCGUGGCAUUGCGAGCGGUGUCACCGCCGCCACCGCCACUGCUGGUUUGGGUCCUUUGGAGCUGCUAGGUUGGAGGGCGAGAGGCAUAGGGGGCCCUUCUGUUGUGAAUCAGCUGGGGUACUUCCCUGUUGUGGACCUUGGAAGGCUGGUGGAACGGGUUCCAGGGACCCAGCAGCAGCAACAGCAAGGGCAGGGGCAGGGGCAGGGGCAGGAGCAGGAGGAGGGGCAGCAACGGGGGCGAAGUCUACUGGAGAAAGCGGAUGGGAGAGCCAUGGGGCUGAGUGACGACGGGAGGCAGGUGCUGCAGCAGUGGCAGGAGAGGCAGAGAGAGCAGCCGUGGUGGCAGCAGCAGCAGGAGCACGAACAGCAGCAGCGGCAGCAGCAGCAGCAGGCAGCAACAGGCUCCCGGAGACUCCAGGAGCACCACGAGCAGCAGCAGCAGGAAGACACACAACAGCAGCUCUCGACCGCAAACCUCCACCUCUUCCCCCAGUCCUCCUUCUCCCCAUCCUGGGCGCGGCCUCUGCGCGUGCUGGUGAUCCGGAGGGACUUCUUCCUGGCGCACCCGCGCAUGGAGGGCAGCGGGUGGGUGGAGGAGCGCGUGGGGGGGGUCAACGACCUCGUGGGCUCGCUCAAGCAGUGGGCGUGGGAGCGGGAGGGGCUCCGGCUGCUGGAUGCUACUGAGAGGGGAGGAGGGAGGAGGCGGGAGGGAGGGCCGUCUGCUGAGCCGGUUUCAGUGGCUGGGCCCUUUGUUCGAGGUGCUGGUGCUGCUGGUGCUGAAAACAGUGAGGCAGAGAGCGGAGAGCAGCGGGCAGGAAGGAAAGGAAGUGGAAAUGGCAGGAGUCGGAAGAACAGGGGUAAGAAAGCGGAGCAAAGGCAGCGAGAUAGGAAUGGCGGCGGACGAGGCAAGCUCUUGACUAAGCCCGACAGAAGACGGCUGCAGAUGCGACAUGCUGAUUGGCUAAACCCGGACCCCUUAUCCGACCAGCAGCAGCAGGGCCGGCAGGGAGAGGGAGGGGGUAACGGGCAACGGACCGCAGUUCCCCCGCGCCUCGUGUUUGUGCUCAACGGCACCAUGACUUCCUGGUCCUUCCGGCAACAGAUGGAGGCAGUGUACUGGGCGGAUGUGAUUGUCGGUGCUCACGGUGCCGGCCUCACACACGUCAUGUACAUGCGCCCGGGGUCGGCCCUUGUGGAAUUGCGGCCGAUUUCGGACGUGAGGGACCAUUAUAAUUUGCUGGCGAAUUACCGCGGGUUGCGGUAUAUUAGAAUAGAGCCGAACGCAAGGGGGGUUGUGGAUGUGAAUGAUGUCACACGUGCUCUGAAGGUGCUUUUGGGCGAGGAUGUAUGAGUUGUUAUGGGGUGCCUACCUACGGGACUGGUAAAGUAUGACCAGAUUUAUAAGAAGCCCCUACCCUUAGGAACGUGGGGGUGUACUAUGUAAGGUUGGUUUGUGUAGUUGAACUUAUUUGGUCCGUGACCAUAGAAGAUGU